AUGAGACGUGAAGUUUUCCUCCGCAUGUUAGAGCAUGUCCAGACAGUUAACCCAUACUUUAGGCAAUCACAAGAUUGUGCUGGGCGUCCGGGCUUCUCACCUCACCAAAAAUUGACGUGUGCACUCCAAAUGCUAGCCACUGCAUGCUCGGCUGAUUCCUUAGAUGAAUCAUUCCAUAUGCCUGAAUCCACGACCAUUGAGAACCUUGGUCAAUUUUGUCGUACCAUUGUCACCAUUUAUCAAGAACGCUAUCUUCGAGCUCCUACAACAGAGGAUCUUGACAUGCUCUUACAAAGAGCCGAGCGACGAGGAUUUCCUAGAAUGAUAGGUUCGCUGGACUGCAUGCAUUGGCAGCGGAAGAACUGUCCAGUUGGGUGGCAGGGGAGCUUUAGCGGCAAAACGAGGAAACCAACUAUUGUUCUGGAAGUUGUGGCUGGUCCUGACACCUGGAUCUGGCAUGCUUUCUUCAGAAUCCCGGGAGCGCAUAAUGACCUCACUGUUCUCGGACGUUCCCCACUAUUUGAUGUUGUCACAGCAAGUCAGUCACCACAACUUAACUAUCAUGUCAACGGGAGUCCUUAUGAGUUUGGGUAUUACCUUGCUGAUGGUAUUUACCCUAAGUGGGCGACAUUAGUGCAAUCUAUCAGACAACCUGAGAAUGAACAGGAGGAGUAUUUCUCCACUAAACAAGAGGCAUACCGCAAGGAUGUUGAAAGGGCAUUUGUAAUUCUAUAA